AACUGAACACACAUUCGACUCUAGGAAGCGGAACCCCUCUACGCAGUCCUCCUACCCAGCCCCGAAUCGGCGUCGCUCCCGGCGUCCCCCGGAGGGCCUCUUGCUCCGCCCAUUGCGCAGGCGCAGACGCGACGUUUUCCUGGCUCAGAAGCCUCCGCAAGUGCACGUGCAUCGGGAUCGCAGCUUUGUUCGUGAAGUUUCUUGGGGGACCUGUGGGAGAGGCUGCUUCUCCCGUGAAGACUUACCUUCUGAGGAGCUGACUGGAGUUGCUAUUUUUCAUCUAUGGAUUGAGUCCUGAUCAUAACCAUAUGAUGAUAGAUUCCAUUGAAGAGUGUUGGUUUUAGGCCACCAACAAAAUGGAAAUAAAAGAGAUUGUUAAACACAAGACACUAUGGAAAAUGAACUCAACCAAUGAACCUUUAUUAGUUACUGGUGUAGACAUCAGUCCUUUAAAGAACUUCACCAUUCCCAAGAUCAGGAGGACAGCUGGGAAAGUUUACUUGUCACCUUGUUGCACCAAUACUAGAGAAUAUAGUUUCAUACAUGAUACUCUUAACCAGUGCCGGCUUGAUGUAAGCUGUGAUCUGCAGUCAUCAUGGCAGUUUGGGGAUACAAAACUAGUUCACAAUGAGGAUCUGGAAAAAAAUUUUACUUCUAAGAGGUCAGAGAUGCGUGAGAGUGGAAGACAUGGCAGAGAGCUUGAAGAACAUUUCUGCUUUUUAGCACUUCCUCAGAGUGAUGUGGCUGAGAUACAUCAGAAUGGGAUAAGUACCAGAGCAUCUACAUUGAAGAUAUUAGGAAAUCCUCUUCUUGGAAUUUAUAUGUUUAGACAUGUUGAUGUUGCCUUGAAUUAUGCUCACAGUAGAAGCAUUACUGUAGAAAGUAUUAUAAUUUUUAAGGUUCUCUUUGGAAAAGUGAAGAAAAUUCAGCCUUCAGUGGAUAAAAACAAAGUUUCUUUGGAUCCUUCUCCUAACUUUGAUUGCCACAUGUCAAGAAAUAUACCUUCUCUGAAAGAUACCAUUGAGCUACAAGCCUACAGUUCAGCUGUCUACUUCUAUGAAUACAAUGUUCUUUCAAAACCAGUAGAUAAACCUAGGCAGUGUCUACCAUAUGCAAUAGUAACGGUGAAAUUUAUUGGUCAAAAAGUAGAUAAUGGACACUUUAUGACAUCUUUGAGAUUUCUCUCAACAGGAAUUUCUAAGAAGGCUGAAAGAACAUGCUCUCUGAAUAACUGUACAGUGGCCAAAAGAAUUGGAAAAGGAAAAGAUGCUACUGUCAUAUUUGAGCAUUUCAGGAAACCUGUAGAUCCAUUUGUCCGGGAAAACUGUUCGUGCAAUGCGCUAAAUUCAGAGAUAAAUCCUCCCAACUCAACUAUUUCUAAUUCCUAUGGAAAUGUGCAAAGUGGAAACAUUUCUGUGCUUGAAGCACACAAUGGACAGAUGGAGCACAGUUUAGCAGAAUGUAGAGAUACGUCUCAAGUGCAUGCACAAGAUUCAGGUCUUUCAUUUAUUCCCACUGAUAGCAGAGAAAGUGUAAAUGGUGACCUCUUGUUAAAUUUGACACAUCUUAAAAAUAUUUUAAGUAAUCUUUCUGCUGCUUUUCCCCUUCAUAACAAUAUUGACUCAAGCACAGUUAUUACUUCAAAACUCAUCAAAGACCCAAGACUGAUGAGGAGAGAAGGUGGCAUGGGAAAACAUAGUAAUAUUACAGGUUUAAAUGAGAUUUUACCAUUUGAGAAGAGUUUAGAUGUUGUUAAUUCAGGAGUAAACCUAUCAUCUAUGCCAACUAAUUCUGCCUCCUCAUCUGAAGUCAUGCCUGGUGAUCAUGCUCUUCUUACUAAUUGUUUGGAUGCCCCUGGCUUCAAAAUUUCUUUUGAUGAUUCACAGUCUCAGAUUCAUACCAUGGACUUUAACAGCUGUAAUUAUACAUCUUCUAAUAUAAUUACCAUGGCAGGACAGCGUGAGGGCCAAGACAAUUUUUCCUUCCCAGUGUGUUUGUCAAGUGUAAUUUCAGAAGUUGAGAACUACAACCACAGUGAGGAAAUAGCCCAGAGAUCCCAACAGAGAAGUAACAUCCCACUUUUAAUUGAACAAAACAGUGAGCCGCAUAACUCUUACGAAGCAGUGAAUACCUCUACAGAAGGGUACAAUGGUCACAUCUCUCAGGAAUCACAGUCUUCUAAUUUAGAAACUAACUAUCAGACUGGUCACCAGAUGGCUACAGUUUUUCAACUCCAAAGGAAAGAAAGCAUACAUGACUACAUUCAAAAUAUUGGAAAGGUGAGACACUUCACUGGCCCGGAAGACAAUUUGAAACCUGGAGAAAAGCAAAAUUUGUGGAAAGAAAUUGAUAAUAAUUUUGCUAAUGAAACAAAAAUCAGUCCAGUGGAUAGUUACAUUUCUUUUCACCAAGAAUGCAAAAAGGUUGAGAGUCUUGAUUCUUCUGGAAAAAAUAGUGAUCAAAUAUUAAUUACUCAAGAGUUAGAAAUACCAAAAUUUUCCACAUCUACCACGAAGGAUAAGUAUGAGCUAGAUCAUCUAGCACUGGAAUUACAAAACAGUCUUACUCCCAAAGUAGAGGGCAUUUCACAAAAGCAUCGUCAGCACUCUUUGGAGUAUGAAGAUAACAUUCAUACAAGUUUUGCCAUUUCUCAAAAACUAAUGGAACUGAAAUUGGAAAAACCAAAUCAGAAUUGUGUUAGCAUUAUGACUGAUGCUUUCCAGGAAGCAAAAGACAAUCCCCAGGCCAAAGUACUGCCAAAUGAUACAGUUGUUUCAUCUCAAGACAAUUCAAACUGCAACAUAUAUAGAGAACAUAUACGUGUCAAUGGGAGAAAUCAAAAUGAUCUGUUGUCAUUAGAGAACUUUCAAAGAGACUGCGAGGAAACUCCUCAAAUUGAUGAUAAUAGUCAAGAUUAUACUCAGUUCUCUAAUGCGCAGUUGAACAAUGAUAUACACCUGAAUAUUGAUUUCAAAGAACAAAGAGAUAAUGAUAAAGAAAACCAAAAUGAGGCUAAAGAGGAAGACAUUGCUUCAUCUACAGAAGACAGCAUAGAGAAAAUAUAUGGAGGUGAGAAGCAGAGUUUUCAUACAAACGAAAAUUUCACUGAUAUAGCUGAAAGGAGGGAGAAUAAAAAUUACAAUAGUGUAGAAAUUGUGGAUUCCGAAGGUUUUUCUACUACAUUGAAUUUGACUUGGGGAAAAAAAUAUGUAUCAACAGAAACUACAUUAUUAGAAAGGGAAGAUACUAUCAGUGCCAUAAAACCAAAAGAUACUGAAAAUACUGGAAGAGGUGUGGAGCAUUCGGCUUCCACAACGUUUCCUGAAAUUUCAGAUUCUUCAGUGCACGUAGCCUCAAAUGCUGCAGUACAGAUAGCCAGUACUGUGGUGCCUGCAUUAGGCACAAAUCAUGAAUAUCACCAAGGAUACCAGUUUAAAGAAACUUGUUCUUCAGUGAGUACAGAUUUUGGUUUGUUCAUAAAACAUGCAGUUUCUGAUUGUGAAAUGGAUGUGGAUAAAAAUAAGUCACACGACCCAUUUCACCAAUCAAUAAGUGACAACCCAAUUCUUCAAAGUUUUGAAUUGGAAAACGAGAUUGAAGUUGGAUCAGAACAGUGUGAUGAUGCUUUUCUAUUUCAACAAGAUACCCCCAGUCAUGGCAGUGUACUGUGUGAAGAAUUCAGGGUCUCAUUUGAGGCUCUGAAGUCUCGUAUCGAUUGGGAAGGUCUGUCAAGAGGUAGUAAUGGAGAGACGGAAGUUUUGAAAAGCACCACAAGUAGAGAGAACAGUGAUCAGCAUUACUCUGAGGAAAGUAAUUGUUUUUAUUCCACUACACAGAAAACCAAAACAGGUCUCUUCAACCCAGUUUUACUUCCAGAUCUACAAGUUAGAAUUACUAAUAUGUUUAUGCCAGGAGAUAGUCCCACUGUUGAAUCCUUUGCAUUGAAAGAUAAUUUUUGCAAAUAUAUAACUGAAGCGACAAAACCAGAAAUAAAUGAGGAGGAAGCAAAAGUUCCAAGGUUUGAAAUUUGUUCCCAGUGUUCUGGUGAAAAUUUAGAUUAUCCGUGUGAAGAUGAAUGUGGUAACCUGAGGCAUGAAUCAGGACCAGUGAAUAAAUCUGAAAUCUCACUUUCUUUUGAUUUGAGUCAUAAUACACAUGCGAAUCACAUGUCUGAAGAACAAAGCAGUGGACCUUUGCUUACUGAACCUGCUAAUGUCACAACAGUAAACGAAAGCAGAUGUUCCUUGACACAGUCAAAAACUGAUUGUAUUGAUACUAGACGUAAAAAGGACACAGAAUCGAGAAUUAGCAAGAGAAAGUCACAUACACUUUUUAGGGACCGGAACAUACCAGAUAAAGAUUUAAGACGUCACAAAAGUAGUGGGAAGAAAAGAAGGCUAAUCAGUCAGGGCUCAUCGGAAUGUUUUGCUUCCUUAUCCCAAGGACGAAUUAAAACCUUUUCACUGUCAGAAAAGCAUAUUAGGAGUGUCCUGGAUAUUCUAAAUAGUGAAGCAUCUUUAUGCAAAAGCAAACGUCUUUCCAGAAGGCUUGACAGAGCUGUUCUUCACUUGCAAAAAGCUCAUAGAAGAGUUCACACAUCUUUGCAGCUUAUAGCUAAAGUGGGAGAAAAAAGAAAAGGCCCCUUACCAAAAUCAUAUGCAAUAAUAUGCAAUAAUUUCUGGGAAAGUUGUGACCUUCAUGGUUAUAGUUCUGUGUCUGAAAGAAGAUAUUAUUCUAAGCAUUUUUUGUCAAAAAGAAAAUAUGACAAACCAGGAGAAAAAAGAGCUUUGGGAUUUGAAGUUGAUAAAUCAUUAACUCAUGUAUCAAAGCACAAGUCUUAUAAAACAAGUGGAGAGAGAAUUACCAAGUGCCUUUCUACGAAAAAUGUGGCCAGCAGUGUCUCUAGAAGUCAUACCACUAUUCACAUGAGAGAAUUUUGUGAUCGAGAGGAUCCUGAAUCACAGUUACCCCUGUGUUCCGCAUCCCAAAGUACAAGUCAGUCAGCCUAUAACAAUAGCUGUGUGAGAAGUCCAGGAUCAUCAGGACUUCAGCCCUCUUCUGGAGAAACUGCGUGUCUGUUUUCCACAGACUGCCCAGAUGAGAAACUAACUAAAAAAGAAAAUCAAACUGACAAAAAGUUUUUAUCUAACAUUGGUAAAUAUGAACAGCUUGAGAACCAUUCAGCACGUAGUAUUAAGGAUGCAACAAAAGAAAACUAUUCUGAGGCUAAUGAAGUAAUAAACAAAAGUAAUUCAGUAUCUUUGAGUUGCAUAAAAGAAAACAGUGUAAGUUUUAGCACAGACAAAAAUUAUGAUGCAACUUGUAUGGCUCACACUGACAUAGUUAUUUCAGUCUUAGAAUCAAAUGUGAAGCACUUCUUAGACGUUGAUAUCUGCAAACCAGAUAACCUUGUUUUAUCUGGUUAUAAAAGAAACCUGGAAGUAAAUUUUCCUCUAGAAAAAUGGGUGGCUCCUAAUGAGAGCUCUGAACCAGGCAUUAUUACAGGAAACUUCCAUGUGGACCCAUUAAGUCUAACUCUGAUAAGUAAGAAGUGUAACAAUAUUCCUCAGUUGUUAUCAGCCACUUCAGUGACAGAUAGUGAGGGAGAAUCUCACUCUUUGGAUGAACAGAGGAUUUUUGCUGUAGAUUCUUUUGCAGCAUCCAGCAGUGUACUGCAUUAUCAGCAAGAAUGUGGUGGAAAGGAACUUCUAAAGACAGAACAGUGCUCUUCAAGUAAUUGCUUCCAUAUAGACAGGAAUGAAACAAAUAUUACUGAGAGUUCUGAGAUGGGUCUCACAUCAGUAAAUGAAGAAAGUAAAAGUCAUGGGGAAAAUACAAUGAAGAAACUAUUUUCCAAUGAUAGUUCUCUGGUCUUAAAAGAUAAUAUAAAGGAUUCUUCUUCAGAAAAAUGUAUUGCAAAGAAAAGCACUCAAGACAGGAAAACAUGGGAAGUUCAACAAGCAGAAAAAAUAAAAGAUUUAAUUCACCAAAAAAGCAUGACUGAAGGAUCAGCUGUUAAGACUGAGCACAAAAAUCAAAAGAAUAAGAUCUUGGAAGAAUCCUCCUGCUCAAGUGAGAAAACAAUUAAAAAUAACUUGAUUGAUCCUCAUCUAAGCACUAAAAAUACUACUGAGGAAGUCUCUUUGAAUAACACAAUUUCUAAUCAGCUUAAGAAAAGAGAGAAAGAGCAGGGAGUUAAAGUUAGUAAUGACUCUCAUUCUGCCUCUACACUGCAUUCAGAAAUAGCCUGUCAUUCCAAACCAGGCAUUAUAGGAAUGAAUCAUAUGCCUGUUUUACAUGCCCACUCUGAAACUUCCAAAAUCGCUACUCCUCAGAAGAAGCCCACAUCAUACAUGAAUGAAUUAAAAGAAAACCAUUGCUCAGCUAAUCGUUCAGCUCAUGUAGCUAGGCUAACCCAAAUUUUGAGGAGGGCGGAUGAAGCGUCUUCUUUGCAGACUCUACAAGAGGAAACUAAGGUUUGUCAAAAUAUUCUCCCUUUAUUUGUUGAAGCUUUUGAGAGAAAGCAGGAAUGUUCAGUUGAACAAAUCUUGAUUUCAAGAGAACUGUUGGUAGAGCAAAACCUGUGGAAUAAUUGCCAGCAGAAACUCAAACCGUGUGCUGUUGACUCCUUGGUAGAACUCCAGAUGAUGAUGGAAACUAUUCAAUUCAUUGAAAACAAAAAAAGACUCUUAGGAGGUGAACCGACGUUUCGAAGCUUGCUUUGGUAUGAUGAGACAUUGUACAGUGAGCUGUUCGGCAGGCCACGUGGAUUUCAACAACAAUCCAAUUUCUAUCCUUCUUUUCAAGGAAGGUUAAAGUAUAAUGCGUUCUGUGAGUUGCAGAGCUAUCUUGAUCAAUUAAUUGAAUUGUUUGAGGAAACCAAAAAGGUGAACAAUUCAUACUACGCAUUCUUAAAAUACAAACGGCAGAUUAAUGAGUGCGAGGCGGUGAUGAAGCAUUGUUCUGAUUGCUUUGACUUUUCUCUUUCGGUUCCGUUUACCUGUGGAGUUAACUUUGGAGAUAGUUUAGGAGACUUAGAAACCUUAAGAAAAAGUACUUUAAAGCUGAUCAGUAUGUAUGGAGACUCUUCUAAAGCUGAUUCCUAUCCAGGAAAACAAGACCAUCUGUGGAUUAUCAUAGAAAUGAUCUCCUCGAAAGUUAAUUUUAUCAAGAGCAAUGAGGCAGUAAGUAUUAAAAUCUCUCUUUAUGGUCUGGAACAUAUCUUUUUUGAUGCUGCAAAAAGUCUUUUUUGGAAAGAGAGGAGACAAUCUUUCAGCAAAAAAUACUCAGGAAAGAAGAACAAAGAAAUGCUACUCAGAAUGAAUCAAAGUGCGUUUUCUAAGUUGCAGAAGAUAUAUGAUACAUUGUCUAAAGAUUUAUGCAGUGAACAAAAUUCCAGUAUUGGGCUUGAGGAGAAGACUAUAGUUGCUUCCAGAAAGUCAGAUGAUCUAAUAAACAAAGCAACGAUUAGCAUAGAAAAUUGUAAGUUUAACAGUACUUUGCUUUCACACCCAGAUAUCUGUAGCAUUAGUGAAAUACUGGAUCAAGCGGAGUUUGCAGACUUCGGAAAGCUACAGGAACUUACUUUGAGGUGUACCGAUCACUUAGAUGUUUUAAAAAAAUACUUUCAGAUGCUACAAGAGGAUAACAUAGAUAAUAUUUUCAUCACUGAAGAAAACGUUUUGGACAUGGUGAAAAACCACAGCCAUGAGGCUAUAAUUUUAAAACCUGCAGCCAUUGAAACCUAUAUUGAAAUCGUCAUGCUCUCCGAAACCAUUCACUUUCUUAAAAACUCAAUGGCAAAGAAACUAGACAAACAGAGAUUUCGAGGUGUGCUUUGGUUUGAUCUGUCACUUCUUCCUGAGCUGGUUCACUGCCAGGAAAAAAUGGCUUCUUUUUCAUUUCUUAAAGAUAACUCAACAGAUUGCCUUUGGAAAGUGAUAGAGACUUCUAUUUCUGAACUUAAGAAAGAUCUGGAUAUUAUCUACAAAUAUAAUGAAGCUGUUAAUUGCUCAUAUGCUCUUCAUUUGUUCUCAAGAGAACUUGAAGAACUUUCAGAAAUAAAAAAACUUCUAAAGAAAUCUAAGUAUUCCAUUUCCACAUAUAUUGACUUUGUGCCUUAUACGGCAUCCGUAAAUUAUGGAAGCACUCUGACAGAGUUAGAAUACAACUACAAUCAGUUUUCUACACUGCUCAAAAAUAUACUGGCUGCCCCUCGGAGAGAUUUAGGGAAAAUGGCCCAUACUAUGAAAGUCAUGAAAACUAUUGAACAUAUGAAGAUAAUAUGUGCUAAAAAUGCUACGUUAACCGUUUCCUUUAUUCUAUGCCAAAUGCUACAUAACAGAAAGAAGACUAUGCGACUGAACAGAAAAGAAAAAGUGAAUAUUCAUGUAAAACCUAGAAAGAGUAUCAGUAAAUCCAGUACUCGUAUGAAGGUGCCCUCAAUUUCAGAGCGCAUAAUGAAAAACGUUUCGAAUUCCUCUAAAAAGCGACCUAUCACUGUAGACAGAAGGGAAGACUCUCAGGAACAAGAAAAAAGUACUACUGUUUCCAGUUGUAAAAAACAAAAGAUUAACAUGAAAGAUGUCGCAAAAAUCAACAGAGAAAAGAGAGCGUUCAAGCAUCCAAGGACUAUAAGAUCUCAUCCUGAAAGUGAAAAUGAAGUAGGACCAAGUUCAUCUGACAAUCUGAAAAGAAACCACGUAUCUCCAAAAAUGGGUGAAAUGCAAAGACCACUACCUGACUCACUUUUACCUUUAAAGAACCUAAAAGAUACUUGCAUGUCAAAGUCAGAGGGCGAAAUAGAUUUAGCUGAUAUUUCAUCUGACACUUCACAAGAUUUUACUGGACAACAGGGCAACUUAAAUAGCCUGAAGAAAAGAGAUGUGAAUUUUAGUGCUGCUGAAACAAAGAGUGAUGAGAAAGAUUGUUCUUUUGCAGUUUUUGGCCAAAAAAGUGUGGAUGGCACGUUUUCAAAAGACCACGAGACACAUUCACAGAAAUUUCUUAAGAAUUCUCCAGAUCCUACAGAAAAAUCUUGUCCCUCAGACGUAAAACCAGGAACUUCUCUUCUGCCUGAUGCAUCAGUGCUCUCAAAGCCUGUUUUUCAUUUUGUGAGGGAUAUCCGUGCCAACUUAGGAAUGAAUGACACUGUCUUUGAACUUGAAGAUAAUGAAAUAUUAAAUUCAUCUAUUAAAAAUUCUACAUGUACCAAUUCUCUAGAACCCAUAUUUAUCCAGAACAAAAUUCCUGUUCUGCAAAUAAAUAAAACACAGCCAGCAAAAACUGAGUCAAAAGAAAAAUAUAUGAAGGAUACAUUGAAUCCCAGUACCAUACCUGUUGGAGCAUCUGGAAACAUAACACUUAAUGUGAAUCAAACAGCGGAGUGUUCUUUUUCUGAACAACAGAGUAAUGAAAGUUCGAAAGUCCUAACUGAGAAUGCUGCAGCGUAUUGGAAUGGACUUCCACAGUCGGCCUGUACCCCAAUAUAUAAUUCUUCUGAGCACUCAUUUGGAACUUCAUAUCCUUACUACGCUUGGCGUGUCUAUCAUUACAGCAGUAGCAAUGACAGUUCCAUUACCCAGACAUACCAGGGGAUAACGUCAUAUGAAGUACAGCCACCUCCUGGGAUGUUGACUGCAGUUGCAAGUACUGUCCAAAAUAUACAUUCUGAACUUUUGUACACUCAAUAUUUUGGUUACUUUGCUGGGGAGCCACAAGCACAUGACUUUGUGCCAGUGAAUGGGUAUUUUCAAUCUCAAAUGCCUGUUUCUUACAAUUUUCAGCAGCCUAUUUUUUCACAGUAUGCUUCCUAUCAACCAUUACCACAAGCCGCAUACCCUUACCCUCCUGAUUCAGGUGUGCUUCCAGACGUUCCUUGGACUUACGUUCCAUGGCAACAAGAACCCUUUCAGCCAGGACAUUGAAAAUAGUCUUCUGUCUACUGAAAUAAAGCAGAUUUAACAAGUUUUUUCAAGUAUCUUUUACUUACGUUUUUUUAACAUUUUAAAACAUAUGUAAAUGUGGUAGGAAAUAUAAACCAUAUAGCCCUUUGUAAAAUAUUUAAAUACAACAAUAUAUCAUCUAAUGCAAUAGGAAAUCAAUUUCUGACAUCUAAAAUACCAAAAUUUUUCCAUGAAAUUAUUUUAGUGAACAGUAUUAGGCAAUUUUCACUAUCCACCUAGCCAUCAGAAACAUUAAUAAUAUUUUGAAAUGUAUUUUUUGAAAUGUCACUAUCACAGCUAUUACAGUUAUGUAAAGUCUUCCGUUGGGAUUAUUCUAAUGGAAUGAAGAGAGUAAACGUUGCAUUUAAUGUGAUUCGGGUUAAGCAAUGGUAGUAAAAUCUUUAAAACAAGAUUUUUGUUUCUGAUAUUUUUUGAUACAUUGUUGAUGGCAGAGUUGUGCCAUUUGACGUAUUGGUCAUUAGACCAACAAUUUUAUAAUUCUUUAUACUUUAUUCAUCUAAUUUAUAAUUGUACUGUGUCUAAUGGGACAAAUUUUUUAAUUUCAGUAUUUUCUAAUUUUUACUUGUAAAAUGCAUUUUGAUAGAGAGCUCGAUUUGCGUAUUUUUAGUGUUCGUCCUUGAGUAGAGAUUUUUUAAGUUUUAUAUUUGAAGGAGUUUGGGUUCAUUGUGUUGCAAUUAAAGCACAUUUUAGCACCUUUUUCCGUAAGAGCCUUUUCCACAAGAUUAUUUCUUUUGUAUUUGUGUUUCACAAUUUAAAUGGUUCUUUCAAUGAUUUUGUAGGAAAUAUAGGGAAUAAUGUCUUUAGCUUAUGCUGUUAGUUUAGUCAUAUUGCAGUAAUUUAAAUGAUACAGCACAAAUACAAGUUCUUUAAUGCUGUGGUCAUAGAGUUUUUUUCCUUUUCAGUAUUCCACAAAAGUGAAAAAUGUCUUUGUACUAAUCGUCAUAGAACAGGGGUGUGGUGUGUAACUGGUCUUCAGCAACCUCUCCACCCACCAGCAGUCAUUCCUGUUUACGUGUGAGAGCCCAGUCAGAAAGAUUGCUCACACCUGGGUAGACCUUUCUCCAGUGCCAAAGGGCUCUGAAAUGUGACAAAAGCUCUGCAUUGGCUAAAUCGAAACAGAUAGCUAGCAAAGCUUCAGUGUUUUCUCAAACUUUUUAUAUUAUCCAGCACAGCCUUCCAAAGAGAGUGUAAACCAGCCCAAUCCAUUAGAUGAGAUGUGGAGUAACUAACUUUUCAAUUUAGGAAAACACUAAGAACCCCCCAGGAUAAGUCACAUUAACCAAAUAGAGUGAAAAUCAGAAUACUUAGGGUUCUUCUCUGACAAACAGAUGUUUAAAAGGGGCAAGUCAAGCCGAGAACUGCAACGGAAAGAAAGAAAGAAUUUGAAAGAGACUAUAGAAUUAAAGCAGUAUCAAAAUAAGGUAUUUUUUUGUCCAUAUAGUUAUUUCAUUUGAAAAUAAUCUGUAAAAGUCAGAACUCCUGAACAAGCAUAAAGCAGUAAUAUUAGCUGUUAUUCAAAAAAUGAUUUUGCCUCAGCCAUUUGAUUUAUGUUUGAUUAUGGAAAGAUGUUACAAAUUUAUAAUUAAAAAUGUUUCUGUUAGGUAAACCAAAAGUUAAAUAUUCUAAUGAAGGAGGCUUUUCUUUCAGAUUCUGUUGAUACUGUCUUUGUGAUAUUUUUAUUUCAUGUGGUUUAAUUUCUUAAAAAAAAAAAGGAAAUGAAAAAACCUUAUCUAACUACUGUUGCAUUUAAAAAUCUGCACUUUGAAACAGAACAUGAAAAAAUGGAGUAUUUUCCUUUUUUCCCCUCAAGUAUGCAUUUUGGUUCUAAAAAUAAAACAAAUUAAAAUUUGAGCAAACAUUAUAAACAAAACCUGCUUGUUGUAAACAUUAUUGUUUUGGAACCUAAGGAAGAAUUAUCUGAAUAAACUGAAUUCCUUCUAGUUUCGGA